AUGUACUGGGAUGGUGACUGCAACCUCAAGAUAAAACAGGCUUAUCAGCGCACCAUUUCAUCACGGACGUUGCUGUUUCCAGUCUAUCGGCCUACCAAGGCUUUGAAACACUUAGUCACCGAGUUCGUACGUAGUACAGCAGACAUCUGGGCUAUCUCAGUUACUUCUCAUGUGCCUGAACCCGUACUCCGUUGUGGUAGCUUUGACGCAGAUAAGAAGCCAAGUCUGAAUCUUAAGACCACAACUGCCGCAACCAGUGUGUUGCCGAGUGCUCAGCUGUGGCGAGUUCAGGUGUUAAAUGAGGCCCGUCGCAGUCCAUGGUUCACUAAAUGGAAAAUGGCCCCUGCUCCCGCUAAUUCGUGUGCUCACAUAUAUGACGUCAUGGCCCCUACGGCUUGCACGAGCGCUCGCCCGGUAAUUGACGAUCCUACGGAAGGGUUGACUUUUAUCGGGUUUGUUAUUGGUGGACAAAAUGCCUAA